CAUGGUCGAUUAGGACCCCGUGCUCCGUUGCUGGGAGUGACGGGACGCUACUGCCGUGAUCUGUUUACUGUAGUCGCGCUUGGAACUCUUUGGGAAUGUGUAGAUGCUAAUAUGAUUUAAGUUUAAUACACUUUUGAGUAACAGAAAACUAUCAUCAAUAUGGAUCCGUUAUUUUUAGCAUGGAGCUAUUUUAGGAGACGUAAAUUCCAGCUCUGUGCUGAUGUGUGCUCUAAAAUACUGGAGGAAAAUCCGUUCGAUCAGGAUGCUGAAAAUACUUCUCUUGCUUCAGAGGCUGCAUGGAGUCUGAAGACGCGGGCUCUGACAGAGACGGUUUACAUCGACGAAGUGGAUGUAGACCAUGAGGGAAUAGCAGAAAUGCUGGACGAAAACGCGAUUGCUCAGGUUGCACGUCCUGGAACAUCAUUAAAGCUUCCAGGUACAAGUCAAGGAGGAGGUCCAACCCCAUCUGUCAGGCCUAUGACUCAUGCAGGGCGGCCCGUUACUGGGUUUGUUCGGCCCAGCACACAGUCCGGCAGACCCGGGACAAUGGAGCAGGCUAUCAAAACCCCCCGGACCGGGCACACGGCUCGCCCUGUCACCAGCGCGUCUGGAAGAUACGUGAGGCUGGGAACGGCUUCCAUGCUUACCAGUCCUGAGGGCCCAUUUCUAAACAUGUCCAGAUUAAACCUGUCAAAAUAUGCCCAGAUGCCCAAUUUAUCAAAGUCUUUGUUUGAAUAUAUCUUCCAUAAUGAAAAUGAUAUAAAAAAUGCUACAGAUCUUGCAGCUCUUGCUACUGAGCAUGCUCAGUUCAAAGACUGGUGGUGGAAAGUCCAACUGGGAAAAUGCUACUACAGGCUGGGUCUGCACCGUGAAGCAGAGAAACAGUUCAAAUCUGCUCUCAGUCAACAGGAAAUGGUUGAUGCAUUCCUCUACUUAGCAAAGGUCUAUCAACGUUUGGAUCAGCCUUUAACAGCUUUAAACCUUUUCAAGCAAGGUCUGGAUCGCUUUCCUGGCGAGGUCACUCUUCUUACGGGAAUAGCUCGGAUUCACGAGGAAAUGAACAAUAUUGCCUCAGCCACAGAGUAUUAUAAGGAAGUUCUGAAGCAGGACAAUACCCAUGUGGAAGCUAUAGCUUGUAUCGGCAGUAAUCAUUUCUACACAGACCAGCCUGAGAUUGCCCUGCGGUUUUACAGACGACUACUGCAAAUGGGAGUUUACAACUGCCAGCUCUACAACAACCUGGGACUCUGCUGCUUUUAUGCCCAGCAGUAUGACAUGACUCUGACCUCGUUUGAAAGAGCUCUUUCCUUGGUAGCAAAUGAUGAAGAAUUGGCAGAUGUUUGGUACAACCUGGGCCAUGUGGCAGUUGGAAUCGGAGAUCUGAAUCUAGCCUAUCAGUGUUUUAAAUUGGCUUUGGCGAACAACAAUGACCACGCUGAAGCGUACAAUAACUUGGCCGUCUUAGAACUACGCAAGGGACGUGUGGAGCAGGCAAAAGCUUUUCUGCAGACGGCCUCUUCUCUGGCGCCUCACAUGUACGAGCCUCACUUUAACUUUGCUGCACUGUCUGAUAAGGUAAUGAGCUUUUACGACCUAACAAACCUUUUGCUUCUAAUUUUGCAGAGCUUCAGGUCUGGAGGAGAGCAGUGCAGCAGGUCUGUCUUUCUGCUUUCCUCACCUGCUUGUUGAUCCCCAGCACAUGAAGAACUCAGGAAGGGCAUAAAAUGGCCCCAAUUAAGCCCAUAAUUAGGCUAGUCAGGUAGUUAAAAGCACAUGCAGACACUGCGGGAGUUCAGGAGUGGAGCUGGGCUGCAUUAGCCUUAGUCUUGUGCUUAAUAAACACAAAACACUGUUACAACCAUCAUAAAGACCACAAACGAGGGGAGACCAACUGGCCCAUUUUUAAUAUUUGGCUGCAAUUAGCUUAUUGAUCAAAGGAUAUGAUUUGCCAUUUCUUGGAAAAUCCCAGUAAAUGUAGUGUGUCAUUUACAAUUAUUUAAUCACAGUAUUGU